AUGACUGCCACUCGACACCGGACAUUUCCGACCGUGUUUCGACAGGAUAUUUUUGGAUUCUGGUUCAACGCGUAUCCGGUUGACUUCGCUAAUCCGGAUGCUUCGCAAGACAAGUCUAAUGCUGCUGACUGUUUCGGUUCUAUUUUUAUGAAACACGCUAGACGAUACACAGGUAGUUAG